AUGACGGGCGACCUUGACCGUUGGCUGGGUUCCGUCGGAAAGCUUCUCGGCAUGGGUGACCGAAAGAAGGGCCUGGGCGAUUUCGCUCUGGACUUGCUGUUGGUUGCUGGUAUGAUGGCAACCGGCGUUUACCUCGCAAGAAACUUCCUUUCUUCCCUCACGAAUACCCUCGCCGACCCCGAUCGAGAGAAACACGAGCAAGCACGGCUACAGGCCAAGGCUCAUCUAGAGCGCUUGCGCAAAGGCAAGAAUGUAGGGAAACCUGGCGAAGAACCAUCAGAUGACGGCAGCGUCUCCCGUCGCGGACCAAAGCCGGAAGAGUUGGUGUUGAAUGAAUAUGAGAACCUCAUUGCACUUGAGAUGGUGGCUCCGGAGGAUAUCCCAAUCGGCUUCGCUGACAUCGGUGGCUUGGAGGACAUUAUUGAUGAACUCAAGGAAUCCGUCAUUUACCCGUUGACUAUGCCGCACUUGUAUUCCCACGCGGCGCCACUGCUAUCUGCACCCUCUGGUGUGCUGCUUUAUGGUCCUCCAGGAUGCGGUAAAACUAUGCUGGCUAAGGCAGUCGCCCACGAGAGCGGUGCUUCCUUCAUCAACCUCCAUAUUUCGACAGUGACAGAGAAAUGGUACGGUGACUCGAACAAGCUGGUCCGAGCUGUAUUUUCGUUGGCUCGCAAAAUGCAGCCCGCCAUCAUCUUCAUUGAUGAGAUCGACGCGGUCUUGGGCACAAGAAGGAGCGGCGAGCACGAGGCCAGCGGAAUGGUCAAGGCUGAGUUCAUGACCCUGUGGGAUGGAUUGACGUCGUCAAAUUCUUCAGGCAUGCCAGCAAGGAUCGUCGUUCUCGGUGCCACCAACAGAAUACACGACAUCGAUGAGGCUAUUCUCAGGCGAAUGCCCAAGAAAUUCCCGGUGUCUCUUCCUGGCAAGGAGCAGCGACAACGGAUCUUGCAGCUCAUUCUGAAGGAUACAAAGACAGACCCCGAGUUCAGUGUGGAGUACAUUACCAAAGUCACAGCUGGCAUGUCAGGCAGCGAUAUCAAAGAAGCAUGCCGUGAUGCUGCUAUGGCACCGGUCCGUGAAUACAUGCGAGAGCAUCGGGCGAGCGGGAACUCCAUGUCGAGCAUCACACCAGAGAACUUCAGAGGUAUCCGUACAGAGGAUUUCUUUGGUCGCAAGGGUGGAGGUCAAAUCUUGAUGGAUAACCAUGCAAAACACUCCAAGGCGUCGAGGUCAUCGGCUGACGAGUACGAAGAUAUUGUCGAAGAGCUGGUGCACUUUUACUCGAUAUGUCGGGAACAACCAUACAACAUGAUUGCCUACAAGUGGGCAACUUACGCAAACCAUGCUAUAAUGAGACGAUUGUACAAAGAAAUGUACCGAUACAAGGAGGAAACGAAUACUGAAAUACCAUCAUUUUACAGCAAAUUCAGGUACAGACGGCAGUCAGAUGUGUCAAGCAUGUUGCGCCGACGUUGGUUUGUUACCAUCAAGGCGCGCCAGCGCAGUGUGCCAAUUCAACGCCGCGCCUUUUCCCCAGCCAACAUUCCACUCGGACCACGUCGCCCCCGCCGUUUCCAGGGUUCAUGCCGCCCCGCCAUCGCCGACUUUCGGGGCACGCUGUGCACACCGACAAAUCACGUCAUCGGCAAGGGCCCACACCUUGGGUCGUCCAGUGCUGUUGGAGUCACACGCUCCGUCCCCCAAAAGCCCGCCCUCCUAUCAGCUCUCUCAACCUUCUCGUCAAUUGCCUCUGCUUUUCAAUCGAGUACGCCGUACUGUACUCGAUCCCGAACGCCUCCCGGACCUUCCUAUCCUUCCUUCGUCCUAUCGUCCCUCUCGACCAUCAAGUGCGACGACAUACAGGCAUCGACUGGCCAAGAUCCAUUUGUCGAAUCGCUCAAUCCAAGAAAAACUCGUUCAAUUGCCGCUGUCAACCAGAUCAGCCGGCAGCUCCUCGAUACUAGUGCUACCCCGCCAUUGCUACAUACGCUUUGUCUCACUAUGUCUACACCGCCUAACAACGGAGCGGCAUCUAAGUCCAGCGACCCCCUCAAACGGGUGGACCUUGACGGACACGAUCUUCCUCCUUCUCCCGCGCCGUCUAGUCCUCGCAACGGUCGUCGUCGCUAUGCCCUCGCCACGGAGCUGGUCUACACUGACAGCAACGACCAGUAUGGCGCAUCCAGCAUCCCCAUCUACCAGUCCGCCACCUUCAAGCAGACCAGUGCCACUGGUGGUGGGGAGUACGACUACACCAGGUCCGGCAACCCGACUCGCACUCAUCUUGAGCGCCACCUGGCCAAGAUCAUGAAUGCCACGAGGGCUCUGGCUGUCGGCUCCGGCAUGGGUGCUUUGGAUGUCAUUUCCCGCUUGUUGCGCCCCGGCGAUGAGGUGAUCACCGGCGAUGACUUGUACGGAGGCACCAACCGCCUUCUCACUUACUUGGCUUCCAACCAGGGUAUUGUUGUUCACCAUGUGGACACUACCAAUGUGGAGAACAUUCGUCCUGUCAUCUCUGAAAAGACGGCCAUGGUUCUGCUGGAGACCCCGACGAACCCUCUUAUCAAGGUCGUCGACAUCCCCUCCAUUGCUAAGCUUGUUCACGAGGCCAACGAUAAGGCUUUGGUUGUCGUGGACAACACCAUGCUCUCGCCAAUGCUCCUGAACCCCCUGGAUAUUGGUGCAGACAUCGUCUACGAGUCCGGAACAAAGUAUUUGUCUGGACACCACGACAUCAUGGCUGGUGUAAUUGGUGUCAACGAUACCGAGAUUGGCAACAAGCUGUACUUCACCAUCAACUCCACUGGGUGCGGCCUGUCGCCUAAUGACUCUUUCUUGCUUAUGAGAGGCAUCAAGACACUUGCUAUCCGCAUGGAGAAGCAGCAGGCCAACGCUCAGCAGAUUGCUGAGUUCCUUGAGUCCCAUGGUUUCAAGGUCCGAUACCCGGGACUCAAGUCGCACCCCCAAUACGACCUGCACUGGUCUAUGGCACGAGGUGCAGGUGCUGUUUUGUCGUUCGAGACCGGCGACGCGGCGCUUUCGGAGAGAAUCGUCGAAGCCGCUAAGCUGUAUAGUAUCAGCGUUAGCUUCGGCUGUGUAAACAGCCUUAUCAGUAUGCCCUGCCAGAUGAGCCACGCCAGCAUCGACGCCAAGACCCGGAAGGAGAGGCAGAUGCCGGAAGACCUCAUUCGCUUGUGCGUGGGCAUCGAGGACGCAACGGACUUGAUUGAAGACCUCUCGCGAGCUCUUGUUCAGGCCGGUGCGGUCAACGUGACCUUGGACGGGUUUCACGCGACUGAGGCUGUCCAGCAGGCUUGA